AUGGGUUCAGCGGCGCCCGGACCCAAACAUGCCACCUGCCUGCGCCGGCUUGACGGUCUCCACCACUGGAUCACGAGGACAUUCCUCAACCCGCUGGCCGUCGCGAACAUCACCACCACCACCUAUCCGCUACACGUUGACGCCGACAUGUCGUCGUCCAUCGAGCUGGACGGCACGAGCUCCGACCUGGCCCGGCAGCUCUACUACCGGGCCAAGGAGGACGACACGUCCGUGAGCCAAGUGACCAUCUCCGCCGUGCCGGACGCCGUGCAGAGCCGCCUGGACGACAUGAAGCUCGACUGGAGCAAGCUGCCGGGCCUGGCGCAGCUCGCGCUGCUCUGGGACUCGGGGUUCGCCAUCAACAUCCACAACGAUCCUGUGAAGAUGUGGACGCUUGGGGACAACAACAUGUCCACCCUGGCCCUCUCCCCGAACAACACGACGGCCCACGAGAGCUACCUGUGCAACGGCGCGCAGAUGAACACCGCGGCCAAGUGCGUCGUCGAGGAGUUCACUGACGGCAAGGACUACAACGCGGCCAUGUGGGGCACGGGCGGCAAUCCGUCGGCCGCGCCGAGCCUGCGCGUGGCCAAGCACGAGUGGUGGGAGAACGGAGAGACCCACUACGUCGUCAUGGCGCUGCACACCGUGGGCAUCGACCAGGAGCCGGGCUGGAACGCCUGCGCCAACAGUCUGCAGAACGACGGCUUCGGCUCGCUGGUGUUUCCGUGCCGCACGACGGCCAACCUGACGGCGGCCAACGAGGCCGACAAGAAGGAGGUGGAGGGCAGUCAGUGGGUGGAGGACUGGCUGGUGGCCGACUACAUGGCCACGGCCAAGGCCGAGGACUCGGACGGCUUCAACAUGAUCCUGCUGGUGCCCAUUAUUGUCGGGGCUUUGGUGGUGCUCGCGCUCGUUGCGCUGGCCUUCUACUGCCGCCGUAAGAGGAAGCAACAGGCUCAGAAGCAGCAGUACGAGGACAGCAGCACUACCACGGGCCAGACGCCCGAGGACAUGACGGUCUCCACGUACGCGGGGGCGGACCAGACCAUCCAGUUCCCGGCCGGUUACGACAGCGAGUUCGCGUCCGCGGGCUCCAAUACGACGCUGAAGGUUCUGCUGAAGAGCGAGUUCCUCGUCGGAAAGCGGAUCCCGCUGGAGAGCUUGAUCUUCGAGAAGCCGCUGUCCAAGGGCGCGUCGGGAGAGGUCUGGGUCUGCGAGUACGCGGGCCAGAAGGUGGCGGCCAAGAGGCUGCUGCAGACCAAGGACCAGAAGGCCGAAGACGUGCACGAGUUCGCGCUGGAGAUCGAGCUGAACGCGCACUUGCAGCACCCCAACAUCGGCGCGUUCAUCGGCGUGGCAUGGAGCAGCCUCAACAACCUGGCAAUGGUCGUUGAAUACUUCCCCCAAGGAGACCUUCAAAGCUACUUAAGGAAAAACGCCGACUUGCUAUCGUGGGCCAAGGACAAAAUCCAUAUGGCUGUUGGCUUGGAGGCCAAGGUGAUCGAUUUCGGUGUGAGUCGUGGACGUCUGGACAAUACAAUGACUGCAGGAGUGGGCACGCCCUACUGGACGGCACCUGAAAUCCUCGAGGGCAAGCGGUACACCGAACAGGCCGACAUUUACUCGUUCGGAGUGGUCCUGUCGGAGCUCGACACGUGCAAGAUCCCGUUCCACGACUGUAUGGACACGAACGGAAAGAAGGCCAAGCCGUUCCGUAUCCUGCAAGAGGUCAUGUCUGGCGUUCUGCGUCCCAGCUUCUCGGAGGACUGUCCUCCUCGAAUCCGUCGCAUUGGUAUCAUGUGCUGCCAGCACGACCCCGCGCGACGACCUACCGCGGCUCAGCUGGUGGAGAUGCUACAGGGCCAGUGA